UAAAAUGUAGUUGGGUAAAGUAUUGUAAAUCAUUUUUCAAGAUCCUUUAUGCUAGGCAUUUGGUAAAGAUGUACAAUUCUAGUUAUUACAGAGCAUUCGAUCUCAUAGUCCCCAACACGUUCAAGACUCAACACGUUCUGCAUCAGGAGACAGUUGUUGCAGCAAUAGAAGGGGUAGCAUUGAGAGUUCCUAAACUAUGUUCCAUGGCCCAAGGCUCAGUACAUGAGUGGGCGGACAGAGCCUGUCUCACCUCUUGUCAAAGAGCAUGUCUUGCUGCUGACUGGUCGAGUCCGUAUCAUUUCCACCCAAAUGAAAUCUCCAGAGAAGAUCUGGAUGAUGAAGUAUAAACACUAUCCCUAUCCUGUCGGUUUUUUCUUUAUUUUAUGUUCAAGGGAUUUUGUACUCGUGGCAUUUAACAAUUUGCCGUGGAAAAACCCAUGUAUAGAGUUCCAAUAAUAGUAGUUGCUGUAGUAGAAGUGAAGGACAACCUUUGCACAUAUAAAGUAACAGUGCCAAAAAAAGGUGAUGCAAAAAGGGUGAUAGAAGUAGAACUACAUGGAUCCUAAGGCAAUGAAAUCGUGUCAAAACUCAUCCAUUGCCCUAAUCAAGACGUCAAGGACUAUGAAUAUUUAAGCCAAUGGUGGAGUUGCCACAAACUAGUGUUGUCCACCAAUAUUGCCAUGAAAUGUUUUCUGGUCACAUUCUCUUUUCUUCUUUUCCUAUAAUUUUUGCCAUCCUGUUCUUCAUAUAAAAAGACCCCAAACUCCUCUUUGUAUGUUGCAAACGACAAUGGCUUAUCAAGUUGCCAUGCAAGGAGGGAGAUUGCGCAAAGGGCCUUGGGUUGAAAAAGAAGAUGAGCGGCUCACGACCUUUGUCACCCUUAUGGGGGAACGGAGGUGGGAUUCCAUUGCCAGAGCAUCAGGUCUACAAAGAAGUGGUAAAAGCUGCAGGUUGCGGUGGAUGAACUAUCUCCGUCCUGAUCUUAAGCAUGGUCAACUAAGCAUUGAUGAAGAGCGUAUCAUUCUUCAACUUCAUGAGUUAUGGGGUAACAAGUGGUCGAAGAUUGCCCAAAGGUUGCCGGGAAGAACUGACAAUGAGAUCAAGAAUUACUGGAGGACACAUUUAAGGAAGAGAACACAAUUGGCUCAAGAAGAAAGGAACUUUCAUUGUAAAAUAAAGAAUGCUGAACAAGACUUCUUCUUUCAUGAACAAGGUGGCAUGACUACUGUAAGAUAUCAGUGUGGAAACAAGGGCUCUGUUGAUAAGGACUCUUGGGGUACCAUGAACGAUAUCUCCUCCGAUGCACUCGGGUUCUCGGACCUUCCAUUUACUUGUUCUCCAUAUGAAACCCGCUUAUCAGAUUGGAUCUCAGGACUUUCAGAUGAUCAAAGCAAAAUAAAGCAUCAGGAAGACUGUAAUACUAUAGAAUCAUGUUCCUGUUAUCUUGCUUGGAUUUCAGACAAUUCAAAUACAUGGGACAACUCAGGUUCCCUGUGGGACAUGGAUUAAGCUGACAGUUAAUGUAAAUACAAAGAACCUUCAAAACUGUAAAACCUUGUGUGGUUCAUCCUGCAUUAUCCAUUUUUAUACCUAACUUGUUUCUAAUUGUCUGCUAUAUUUCCUUUUUAUGUCCUUUCAGUUGGGGAGCAAACCAAUGU